CCUGCCACCCGCUGCAGAAAAGCGGGCCACCGGCCGGCAGCGCCGCACCCUGACGCCGUCUGCGCGCACAGCCUCGGCAGCGCUCUUCGCUCGCCUCCAGUCCCUAUCCAGCGACCAGUCAGGCUGCGGGCGAGGGGAUUCCAGCCCAGGCUCCAGAGUCCGAGCCCUCAGCAUCCUAUCAGACUGGGUACCGGCAGCAGCCAUCUCAACCUGGGCUGGGAACGCAAGCGGCUUUGGAGUUGGCGGCGGCGGUGCAGCUUCCCCAGGGAGCCAACUUUAGGUCCUAACGACUCGGUGCAGAGGCCGAUCCAUCAGAUCGCUCCGCGGAGUCUCAGGGAGUGGAGCCCAGGAGCCCCCAGGCACGCCCGGGCUGCGCGUCGGGCCCCGCCCCGCGCGCCACGCCUUAAAGGGCUCGUAGGCCUGGGGCGCACGGCGGCGGCCACGGCCAUGGAAGGUGCGCUUGCCGCCAACUGGAGCGCCGAGGCGGUCAACGGGAGCGCGGCGCCCCCGGGGGCCGAGGGCAACCGCACCGCUGGGCCGCCACAGCGCAACGAGGCCCUGGCGCGGGUGGAGGUGGCCGUGCUGUGCCUCAUCCUCUUCCUGGCGCUGAGCGGCAACGCGUGCGUGCUGCUGGCGCUGCGCACCACGCGCCAGAAGCACUCGCGCCUCUUCUUCUUCAUGAAGCACCUGAGCAUAGCCGACCUGGUGGUGGCGGUGUUCCAGGUGCUGCCGCAGCUGCUGUGGGACAUCACCUUCCGCUUCUACGGACCCGACCUGCUGUGCCGCCUCGUCAAGUACCUGCAGGUGGUGGGCAUGUUCGCCUCCACCUACCUUCUGCUGCUCAUGUCGCUCGACCGCUGCCUGGCCAUCUGCCAGCCGCUGCGCGUGCUGCGCCGCCGCGCCGACCGUCUGGCCGUGCUCGCCACAUGGCUGGGCUGCCUGGUGGCCAGCGCGCCGCAGGUGCACAUCUUCUCGCUGCGCGAGGUGGCCGACGGCGUCUUCGACUGCUGGGCCGUCUUCAUCCAGCCCUGGGGGCCCAAGGCCUACAUCACGUGGAUCACGCUCGCCGUCUACAUCGUGCCCGUCAUCGUGCUUGCCGCCUGCUACGGCCUCAUCAGCUUCAAGAUCUGGCAGAACUUGCGGCUCAAGACGGCGGCGGCGGCGGCCGAGGCGGCCGCGGGGCCCGAGGGCGCGGCGGUGGACAGCGCGGGGCACGGGGCUUUGGCCCGUGUCAGCAGCGUCAAGCUCAUCUCCAAGGCCAAGAUCCGCACGGUCAAGAUGACCUUCAUCAUCGUGCUGGCCUUCAUCGUGUGCUGGACGCCAUUCUUUUUCGUGCAGAUGUGGAGCGUCUGGGACGCCGAGGCGCCCAAGGAAGCCUCGGCUUUCAUCAUUGCCAUGCUGCUGGCCAGCCUCAACAGCUGCUGCAACCCCUGGAUCUACCUGCUCUUCACAGGCCGCCUCUUCCACGACCUCGUGCAGCGCUUCCUCUGCUGCUCGUCCAGCUGCCAGAAGGGCCGCCGGCCCAGAGAGACGAGCGUCAGCAAAAAGAGCAACUCAUCCACCUUCGUCCUGAGCCCGGACAGCUCCAGCCAGAGGGGCUGCUUGCAGCCAUCCGCGGUGUGACCGGCGGGGCCAGGACCACCCCUCUUGGCUUGGAUUGUACGACAGGGGCAGUCUGGCCAUUGGUGGUCGUGUACGUGUGUGUAUAAGGUACCUUUCAGUUUGUGCCCCUCCUCACCUUGUGGGGGCUCGAGCGGGGUGGGGAAGUGGUCUCCAUGGGGGAAGGUGACAGGGUGACUCAGCCAUCAGCCAAGCCCCGGAUCUACCCUGGGCUCCCACGGGUACUCCUGCUGCCCUGACCCCACUGUUGCAUCUGGCUGCUGGAUGGGUUGUGGUUUUGUUUUGUUUUGUUUUCCCCUGGACCUGUCAUUUCACUCCAGUAUCUUUUUACUCCUUUAUCCUGGGAUCUUGUGAAAGGUGGUAAGUAUAGGAUUGGUGACCAGAUGGGUGCGGAAGCCUAGUGUUCUGAGCUUGGGAUGCAAAGUGGGACCUCGAUGGUGGUGGUGCUGGUAUCCUCCUGGCCUCAGAGUGCUUCUGCCUUCGAGUGGACUGGCGCCAGCAUCCUUGAGCACCAGCUUGUCGGGCGGUGGCCCCAGAGCAGGAGAUUCUCUUCGGAGACUGUCUGGCACAGGCAGCCACUUAAAACUUGGGUUAAAAAUUUUUAAGAGGAAAAAAAUGUUUAAGAAGCUAAUACUUGAGAAGCAGCUGGGAAAGAAAAGGAAAUAAAAGACAUCCAGAUUGGAAAAGAAGUAAAACUCCUCACAGAUGACGUGAUUUUGUAUAUAGAAAAUUCUAAGGAAUUCAUGCACACACAAACCCAUUGGAACUAAUACAUGAAUUCAAGGUUGUGGAAUACAAGGUCAAUACAAAAAUCAAGUAUAUUUCUUUACACUGGCAAUGAACAGUAUGAACAUGAAAUUAAGAAAUAAUUUCAUUUAUAAUAGUAUCAGAAAGAACAGGAAUAAAUUUAAUGAAAGAAGUGCAGGAAUUAAAUCCUGCAAACUACAAAAUAUUGUUGAAAGAAACAGAAGACUUAAAUAAAUGGAAAGACAUCCUGUGUUCAUGGCUCAGAGACUUAAAUAUCGUUAAGAUAACAAUACUCUCCAAGUUGAUGUAUAGAUUCAGUGUAAUCCCUAUCAAAAUCCUAGCUGGCUUCUUUGCACAAAUUGCUAAGCUGAUCCUAAAAUUCACAUGGAAAUUGCACAAGUAAUAGAAUAGCCAAAUAAACCUUGAAAAACAGGGACAGAGUUGAUGGAUUCACCCUUCCUGGUUCAAAACUUAUUACAAAGCUACAGUAAUCAAAAGAAUGUGGUAUAGACAAAAAGACAUAUAUAGACCAAUGUAAUGGAAUAGAGAAUUCAGGUAUAAAACCUUACGUUUAUGGCCAGUAGAUUUUGACAAGUGUGACGAGAAUUCAAUUGGGGAGAUUGUCUUUUCGAUAAAUGGCACCUGGACAGGUGGAUAUCCACAUGCAAAAGAAUGCGGUUGGAUCUCUACCUCAUACUAUAUACAAAAAUUAACUCAAAAUGCAUCAAACUAAAUGUAAGAGCUAAAACUAUAAAAGCCUUAGAAGACAACAUAGGGAUAAAUAUUUGUGACCUUGGGUUAGGCCAUGGUUUCUUAGAUAAUGACACCCAAAACAGAAGUCAAAGGAAGAAUAGAUAAAUUGGACCUCAUCAAAAUGGGGCACAAAACUUUUGUGUUUCAUAGGUCACUAUCAAGAAAGUGAUAAGACAGCUCAUAGAACGGAAGAAAAUAUUUGGAAGCCGUAUACUUGUAUCUAGAAUACAUCAAGAACUCUUACGAUUUAAGAAUGAAAAGCCAAAUAACCCAGUUUAAAAAAUGGGCAACAUAUUUGAAUAAACAAGUGAAUAGACAUAUUUUCGUAUCUUCUCCAAAGAAGAGAUAUAAGUGGCCCAUAAGCACAUGAGAAGAUGCUCAAUAUUAUUACUCACGAGGGAAAUGCAAAUCAAAACCACAGUGAAAUAGCACUGCACACCCACUAAGAUGGCUCUAAUCAAAGAUAUGGGCAACGAUAGGUGCUGGCGAGGAUGGAGAGAAAUUGGAACUCUCCUCCAUCGCUUGUGGGAAGGUAAAAUGGUGCAGCCAAUUUGGAAAAUAGUUUGGCAGUUCCUGAAAAAGUUAAACAUAGAAUUACCAUAUGAGCCAGAAAUGCUACUCCUAGGUAUUUACUCAAGAGAAACGGAAGCAUAUAUACACACAAAAACUUGUCCACAAAUGUUUAUAGCAGUAUAAUUCAUAAUAGCCAAAAAUGGAAAUAACCCAAAUACCUAUCAACUGAUGAAUGGAUAAACAAAUGUAGUAUAUCUAUACAACAGCACAUUAUUGAACUAUGGAAAGCAAGGAAGUACUGACACAUGCUCCAACAUGGAUGAACUUUGAAAACAUCAUGCUAAGUGAAAGAAGCCUUGCGAAAAGCCACAUACUACAUGAUUCCAUUUAUAUGACAUGCCCAGAAUAGGCAAAAUUACCAAGACAUAUUAUACAAUAGUGGUUGCCAGGGGCUGGAGGCUGGGGUGGAUGGGGAGUGACUGCUAAGCCCCAUAUGGGGCUUUUUUUGUGAUGAUGAAAAUUUUCUGGAGUUAGUGACGUGCACGAUUUUGAGAAUAUGCUAAAAGCCACUGAAUUAAAUACUUAAAAAAAUGUUUACCAGCUGAAUUCAGAGGCAACCAGCUUGAAGGAUGCAUUUCUUGGAAUAUCUUACCUCCCAGAACUUUUGUUUCUCACUGACUCACCAUUUCAGAAGAAUCCAUGGUUUUCUUACUCAGUUUUCCUGCGAGAGAUGGUGUUUCCGGUUUCAGCAAAAGUACCAGCAGUGAUAAUACCUGGUAAACAUGUCGUCAGAUGUCCUCUCAGCCUUGAGAUACAACAUGACCAUGUCCAAGAAGCACCUUUAGUCGUUAAAUGCAGGAUGUUAUAGAUGAGAGGUUUUCCGACUGGGACUGGCCAGCUCAGUGGCACUCUGGGGCACUUUUUUUAUUUGCACAUAUAUUUUUGGACUCACUGUGACACAACAAGAGCACUUCCCAAAGCCCCAGGUCUCCACACACACUUUCCUCUUCUCCCUCCACACUGCAUUGUACACACACGUGCACAUACACACGCACACAGUAGAAUGAGCUAGCAGGGUCUGGAUGUUCAGGGAGAAGAGAGGCAUGCACUGAAAUGCCAGUGUUCGAAACCCCAGCAUUUAGGACAAGAUCUUCAGUAUACCUGGAGACUGAGAACGAUGUCAUCUUUGGACCCAGAGGCAGUGCAGUGUUGCUGUGACGGGCGCUUAGUGUCAACACCAGCCAGUCCUGGCUCUUUGGGAAGCUAACAGGAUGCUGGUUUGGGGUUCCGUGCCCACAUCCAGGACACUGGGCACCCUGGGUGCAAGUGCAGCAGUGGUGGGGUCUUUUGGCAUUUGAGCCUCUCUGCUCACCAGCCAGAGACGCCCCAUUCUCUGCUGUUCCCAAGGAAGUUGCCAUCCUAGCAGCCGCCAGAGGCCACUGGGGAUCAAGGAGACAGCCACUCAGUAGAUGUUUCUGACCACGGGCACAACCUUGCUGAGAACCCAGGAGUUGCAGGGUUCUUGGGCAUCAGAACCAGCCGGGACACUUUCAUCAUUCUUCUCCUGUGAAAGCUCUGGUUGGGACCUUGGCUCUCAUUAUGGCGCAGGAGUCUUGUAGCCAGUCAGUGACAUUUGAUUCCAGCAGCGCCGCUGGCUACACGCCCCUCCACUCCCAGUCUCGUCCUGGAGAGUAUUUUCACAAUCGCUUGCUCUUUCCCCAACCCAAGCCUGGAAGAAGGAGAGUAGGGGUCCAGGACGCUGACUCGGGCUCGGUCGUUUCUGUCCUCCUCUGGACCCCACUCCUAAGGUCCUCCAACCACCUUUGCCCACAGUUUCAGGCCUGUUUACAAACCAAACGCAUGCCUGGAGGUGCCGAUAAAUUGGAGCGUGCAGAUUUUCUUCCGGAAUGUUUCAUCGUUCUGAUAUUGAAAAGUGAAAUGCGAACACUUGAGGACUCUGAGCCUUAUCUCUUUAGGCCCUGAAAAAAAGUCUGUCACAACAUUUGGUCUCCCCUGGGGAAUGGGUCUACGGGUUAUGACUGCAGGAAGCUGCCUUUUAAGAAGAUCCUGGUUUCAAAGUGCUCGACCUUUUGUGUUUAAUUGCGAUGAAACGCCCCUAAAUGCAAAAUGUGAAUUCCUCGAUUUUGUUCUACUUGGUGACUUUCUGUGGCACCUGCUGUCUGUGCGCAUUGGUGAAUGAUGUACCCGAUAACGAGAUGCCUGCUUCAUUAGCUGCUUUAUAAA